ACACUAUUGGUUAAUGCUUUAACCUCCCUGGUGGUAUUUCCGAGUGUAGCUCGGGGUAAAGUUUCUGUACCAAGAGCGGUAACCCCGAGCUACACUCGGGCUUACCAUGCGGCGCUGCAUAGGGAGUCCCUGCAGAGCUUACCUUGUCCUUCGCUCCCGCGAUGCGUCCUCUGCAGCGUCCCCGGCCAUCUCCUCCGGCUGAUGCCGGCAUCCGGCUCCUGUGUUCCGGUCCCUGUGACGUCGGGACGUACGGGCGGCGGCGGGAAAUUUGAAAAUUUAAAA